AUGGACAAUACCAACUGGACCAGUGUAUCCCAUUUUAUUCUCUUGGGCCUUUCUACCCACUCAGAAGAACAGAUUCCACUCUUCCUUCUUUUCUUACUCAUGUACACAAUCAAUAUUUCUGGCAAUUUUGCCAUCAUCACACUGAUUAUCUCUGCUCCUCGUCUCCACACCCCCAUGUACAUCUUCCUCGGUAACUUGGCCCUGGCAGACAUCUGCUUCACCUCCACCACGGUUCCCAAGAUGCUGCAGAAUAUUUUCUCCCCUACCAAGACCAUUUCCUACAUGGGCUGUUUAGCUCAGACUUAUUUCUUCAUUUGCUUUGCAGCCCUAGAAAACUUUCUCUUGGCAGCGAUGGCCUACGACAGGUACAUUGCCAUCUGCCACCCUUUCCGUUAUCCCAUGAUCCUGACUAGAAUGCUGUGUGCACAGAUGGUGGCCAUGUGCCAUGUCCUCUCUCACCUUCAUGCCUCAAUGCACACCUUUCUCAUGGGCCAACUGAUCUUCUGUGCAGACAACAGGAUUCCCCAUUUCUUUUGUGAUCUCUACCCAAUGAUGAAGAUCUCCUGCACCAGCAUCCACUUUAACACCUUAAUGAUUCAAACAGAAGGUGUGAUCAUCAUCAAUGGAGCUCUGGCCUUCAUCAUUGCCUCCUAUGCCUGCAUUAUCUCAGCAGUACUCCGGGUCCCCGCAGCCAAAGGCAAGUGGAGGACAUUUUCCGCCUGUGGAUCCCACCUCACAGUGGUGGCUAUAUUCUAUGGAACCCUCACAUGGGUCUACUUCCGGCCCCUUUCCAGCUAUUCAGUGACCACUGGUCGUGUUGUAACUGUCAUGUACACAGUGGUGACUCCUAUGUUGAACCCCUUCAUCUACAGCUUGAGGAAUGGGGAGGUCAAGGGGGCCUUCAGGAAAUGCAUGAGAAGAAUAGAAACUUCUACCUUUGGAUAA